AUGGCCAUGGAUCAGGCAACGGACCUGCCGGCGCUGCUGCCCGACGGCGUGCUCGCCGACGUCCUCGGCCGCCUCGCGCAGCGGGACCUCGCCGUGUCCCGGAGCGUCUGCAGGGCGUGGCGCGCCGCCGUCGACGACCACGCCAUGCUGCGCGCGGAGCUCCUCCCGCUCUCGCUCGCCGGCCUCCUCAUCAAUUACAACGGGAGCUACUACACCAUCACGGAGUUCUUCGCCCGCCCCUCGAGGAAGAAGAAGAAGAAGGGCCCCCGCGUCUCCGGCGGCGAGCGCGAUUUCCUGGCCGAUGGCGAGAUCGGCUCGUGGUCGCUCGUCUUGGACCACUGCAACGGCCUCCUGCUGAUCGACGACGACUCCGAGUACGGCAGCGACGGCCGCCCUGUGCUGCACGCGCUUAACCCUGCCACGCGCCGCCGCGACCGGGUGCCGCCAUGCCCGCCGCUGCGCAUCGAGAUGAUGGCCAACAUCUUCCAAGAAGAGUACCUCGCCUACGAUCCUGCGGUCUCGCCGCACUACCAGGUCUUUUCAUUCCCUUACUUUGUGUCUCCGGCCUACAGCAGUUCCGGUUCCGGCGAUGAAGUAGAUUAUUCAGCCAUAGAGCAGUCGGAGUGGCCACCGGCAAAGUUCACGCUGCAGGUGUUCUCAUCAGCAACCGGGCGAUGGGAGGAGAGAUCAUUUGUUCCACAAGGAGAGGCUGCCGGAACUGUUGCUGACAUGAGACGGUACUGCUGCGACAGACGCAAUGCUGUCUACCGACGAGGACAACUCUAUGUGCAUUGCCAAAAUUUUGUUAUGAGGUAA